CCGGUGGCGCCGGUGAGUGGUUGAUAAACCUCUCUCUAACCUUCUUUCUUUACCUUUCUCUCUCUUGCUUGGUCUUCGCGUUCUGCGGAGCUUGUUGGUUUCUCUGACCUUUAACCUUUACACCCUCUGAUCCAAACAAAAAUCUCAACUUUCUUCAGCAAUUCAGCUCUAUAAUUUCUGGGCAGUGCCUUUGUGAUAUGGAGGUGACUUCUCUUGCUUUUUUCUCUCUCCUCGUUGUCAUUGCUUUUGGUCCUUGUUUUGUGUGUCUCUUGCUGCUGAGAAAAUUUGAGGCAAAGGGUAGGGAAUCAGAGUAUCAAUCUCUUGCAUUAUGAUCAACGUUCUCAUUUUCCAAAGUUUGGAAAUUGGGAGAGUGGAGAGAAUGUUCCUUAUACAGCUUAUUUUGACAAAGCCCGGAAAGGUCUACCUGGUUCAAAGAUGAUUAAUCCAAAUGAUCCUGAGGAAAAUUCAGAUCUAGUUUCUUCUGCUGACAUACCCCUUUCAAAACCCAGAAUUGAUUCAGAGGAUCCAUCUGCAAAGGGAUCAGGGAGAUCAACACAUGAGUUACAAAAGAGUAGGGAGGAUAGUGAUCCCAAACAGUUUAUUGACUCUCCGGCUCGUCAUGACAAUGCAAGCAACAGGAGUGGCAGUGAUUAUGCCCAUCGGCAUGGAGUAGCUUCUGCUGACAACCGUAGAAGACCUUCAAGACAAAGUACUGGGUCUGAAUACAGCAUUGACCGCUCACCCCUUCAUCACCAGGCAAAAGCCCCUGGCAGAGAUAGUCCUUCUUGGGAAGGAAAGAAUUCAUAUGACAGCAGCCAUGGAACACCAGGAAGGUCCCGACUAAGACCACUUAACCGAGGGGAUGAAACUCCUGAUAAAGGUGCUGCUGUUCCGAAAUUUGGUGAGUGGGAUGAGAGUAACCCUGCAUCAGCUGAUGGCUAUACUCACAUUUUCAACAAAGUGCGUGAGGAGAAACAGGUUGGGACCGGACAUGUGCCAGGCACACCAAAUGGGAGACAAUAUCUUGUUGGGAACCAACCUGCCAAUGACAAAGCUCAGAGUUGCUGUUUCUGCUGGGGGAAAAAAUGAUUUAUUUGCAGUGUGAAUUAUAUUCUGAAUAGGAAAGAAGAUAAGAAUAGCGUUGUGAAUGGUCAUGAGCUUUGUGUAGCACAUGUAAAUAUUCAAGGCUCUCUCUUCCCAGAAACAUCAUUGACACACGUUUGUCUUAAAUUUGUACCCUUUUUUUUUCCCUUUUCGUAUCUUUAUUUUGGUCAGUAGAGAUGCUUUGCAUGCAGGAUUGUGAUUUGUCCUUUUUAAUCUUUUGUUAUGUAACCGCCACUCUUUAUUAUUCAAUUUAUCUGUAUUUAGCUGGGAUAUACAAGAUUUGUUAUGUAAUUCUUUUAUAAUGAAUUAAUGGGUUGUGAUUGGGUC